AUGCCUGAGUUUGUUUUUCAUCCGCAAGUCGUACAUAGUUUAUUACUAAGGGAAGUUUUCCAGCCCAAUCCUAAAGAGUUUUGGGCUAAGGUUGUUGGCCGUUGCAUACGGUUUAGUGCCGAAGAAUUUUACUUGAUUUAUGGAUUAGAUUGUUUCGGUGAUUGCAACAAGUUGUUGUUUUCACAGGAAACAAAUCAAUUGGUAGAAACAUGUUUCCGUGGUGUAAAAACUAUUGACCACAAAGCCAUCGAGGAUGCUUUUUUGGGUAGUCGGUGGGGUUUGGAUGAGUCUCUUGGUUUGAAAAUGGCUGUUUUGUAUUUCAUUCAGUGUUUUCUUCUUAGCAAUACUCCUGACAAAGAAGUGUCUAGGUUUGAUCUAGAUGUAGUGGAUAGCGGUCGGUGGGACGAGUAUUGUUGGGGUAGGGAAUCAUUUGAAUUGACAAUUGACUCAUUCAAAGGUAGGAUCCAGCAUGGGAUUAUUAUGAAAAAUAGGAAGGCAGAGAAGGGAGGCCAAUAUGAUGGCUGGUAUAGGGCAUUGGGAUGUCCUUGGGUUUUCACGGUUUGGUUUUAUGAAUGCUGUCCUGCAAUGGUGAACUCUUUCUGUAAGAGAGUUUCAUCUUCUAUUCCAAGGAUUCUGAACUGGAGCAACACCAUCGUCACCAAAAAUCCAACUCUUCGAGACUUGAAGGGCAAGAUUUUUGAUUUACCUUUGGAAAAGUUGAAGAUAAAAAACAUGCGUCCUACUGAUGAAGAGAGGCAGCAGCUUCAACUUGACGGUUUAUUUCUUGAUGAAUCUAUUGAUGACCGUGGUGUAGCGAAGCAAUCCUUUGAGGGUGGGUCAUCUUCAAAGAAGUCUGAUUCAGCAGAUAUUGAUUGGAUGAAAUCUAAGUUGGAGAUGGUCAUUUCGAAUUAAUCAUCAUUGGCCGAGGACUUCAUUUCAUUGAGGUGUUUUGUUGAUUUUAAUUUCAAGUCCGUAAUGACUGUAAUUAAGGAUAUCCAGGAGAAGGUUAAUGCCAUUCAUCGUCGUCCUUCUGAUGAGGUAUUUAUUCAUAUUUUAUUGUUUAGGUUUUUUCAUAUAUUUUUUUAAAAGUUUCUUUACUGUUUUAUUUAAGUUUCAUUUAUGUUGGUUGAUACAGGGAAAGUCAUCGGAUGAAUUAGUAACUCAAGAUUCUGAUGAUGAUGCUGAUGAUGAUGAUGAUGAUGAUGAUGAUGCCGAGGAUGAUGAGAAGCAAUUGCCUGAUCCAGAAAAUAUUGAUUCUGACUCCAACGAUGGUGGUGAGUUGGUUAAAGUUGGUGGGGAUGCUGAUGAUGCUGACAAGGUUGUUACUGCUGUUCCCGCUGCUGAUGUGAAUCCAUCUGAGGCUGUUGGAGGGAGUGAUAAAAAUGUUAAGGAUGUUGAGAAGCCAAAGGGCGAUGAGUCUCGAUUGAAGGGGGACGAUUUCUUUGAUGGGUUGAGCCAGCUUGAAAUAGAUGAUGAUCAAGUUGUGUUGGCUGGCUUGGAGGCUGUUGGUAAAAUCCAUGUAAGUUUAUUUUUAAUUGUUUUCAAGAAAACUAGGUUUCUUUUUGGUUGCUCAAUAGUUUCUAGUCUGUUUUGCUACUGUUUUAAUGCAUUCUUUCUUUUUAGGUUCCCCCACCCAAUCCAGAUGUUGUUGGUCAGAAGUCAAAAGCCCUUCAUACUGAUGAAGAAACUGAGGACACUGUCUCUGAUACACCUCUGUUGGAUAAGAGGAAGCGUGCUCCGGCCUUGAAAUCUCCAUUUGUUGAUUUCGGGUCUGCUGAUGUCGGUAGCACUCCAAUGGAGCUUAUGUCCUCAGGUUCUCAAUCAGCUGGGGAUGAUAGGAAUUUCAAAAUGGUGACUUAUGUGAAGGGCCUUUAUGCUCUUAAUGAUGCGUUUGUUGAUCCCGUAUCUACCGAGAUUGAGGCAAAAUUUGACGCUUGGAUUGGUGAAGGAUUGCUUAAACAUCCUAGGUGACUGUUUUUAUUAAAUCUGUUUUUGUAUUAUGUUUUAUUUUUCAGUUUUAUUCCUGUUUUAAUGCUAUUUUUUUGCUGUUUUUUUGUUGUUGUAGGCAUUAUAAUUGUCAUGAAGAUGGCGCAAAGAAAUUUGCCCCAGGUUUUAGGCUAGGUGUUGAUUAUGUUGAGGAUAAAACUUGGUUUUAUCAUUUGGCUACAUGCGACAUGUUUAUGAACGACUCGGUAAAGUUUCCAAUUUAUAUUGUAGUUAUGAUAGUUUGUUUUCAGUUGCUUUAUAAAUGUUUUUAAGUUUUGAUACUGCAUUACAGUUUUUUUACAGUUGUUCAACCUUUUCAUUUGUGUUUCUGUGUUGUUUUUUUUCUCAGCAUAUGAACACCAUAUUCUA